UGACGUUUUAGUUGCAAAUGGCGUGAAUCAUUAUUGUGAAACUUCAGAAAUUUCAAAUGUGAAUUUAUAAACAAAUUCCUUCCUGAAAUCUUCGAAUUGAAAUUGAAAAGUCAUCCAAAUUAGAUACUGUAAUUAUAAACUCUAAAAUAUAUGAUAUUGGGAAUUAUUAAAAAAACAGUAAAUACCAAGUCUUUUUGUCAUUUACAACAUGUUCAAGGUUGAAAAAAUAUUACAACAAAGAUAUUUUUUAGCAUGUGUGAUCUAUCUAGAAAACAAUUUCGUUUGAAUAAAAGUAUUGUGGCAAUGUAUUGAACACCUCAGUUCCGUCUUGACAAAUUCCUAUAUUAAUUUGAAACAUGGCAAAAAUUCAUUUCCAGUUCUUCAUUUUAAAAAAUACAGAAAAUACUUCUUUACCCACGCAGUAAUACGAGUGAAUUAGCUGGUGGGAUUUCACAGCUCGAUUAACACUACAAAUUAUAAUAUUAAAAAUAUAACCACUGGAUAAAUAAAAAUGUCUCGAAAUAGAACGAGGAAGGGCAAAGCUCGCGCAAUUUUAGAUCCUCACUCAGACAACGAAUCAAUAAAUGAUAGCAUAUACUCAAAUGGGUCAUUGGACGAAGACAACAAUGGUUACCAAGAUGAUUCGCAACUAGUGACAACAAGUGAAAAGUACGAGGAGAAAUUACUUCAAUCAAUUGAAAAUGCUUCAGAGAAGUCUGCGCAGACACGUGUUCAAGCCCUUCAAAUUAUUACCGAAAUACUUCAACAUCGACAUAUACCAGAUUUCCUUGAAGAUCGCAAAUUAACUAUUAUGGACAUUGUGGAGAAAAGUGUCCGUCGUGGGAAAGUUGCUGAACAGGAAUGUGCAUUAAGAUUAGCAACACUUCUGAUAAUACAGCUUGGUGGAGAGGAUAAUAUAUCUUCUACACUAUGUCAAAUAUUUUCAACAAUAGUGCAGAAUCGAACAUCGUCAUACUCAGUUAGAGCUUCGUCUUGUACGGCAUUGGCCAUGUUACACUUUUUGAAUAACAAUGAUAUCGGAAACAUUGUGGGGACAAUGCAACAAUUUGAGCAAAUAUUUGCUGGAAGCUAUUUGAAAGGAGAUCGUUCGGCUCCGUCAGUGAGUGAAGAUGCUGCACAGCUACAUGUUGCUGCAUUAGGUGGCUAUGGCUUAUUGGCUACUUUAAUACCUCCUGGGGACUUUUGUUCUUACGUCAAGAAUGGUACCAUUUUACCAUCAAUGAAAAAUUUAAUCGGGUUGCUUCAAUCCCCACACGUUGACGUUCGUAUGGCUUGCGGAGAGGUUAUCGCUUUAGUAUUGGAAUGCGGCCGUGCUUUUGAUGAUAAAUUUUUGAAUGAAUAUCUUUCGGAGUUGAUAGAAAUAACAAAUAACCUUGCAAAAGAUUCGCAAAAGUUUCGAGCUAAGAAAGAGCGAAAAGCACAAAGAGCUACAUUCCGUGAUGUUCUCCGCUAUUUGGAAGAAGAUAUUACACCAGAAUCGGAAAUCCGUUUUGGGAAGGAAACUCUCGACUUGUGCACAUGGUCGAUCAACGUUCAAUAUGAGAAAUUGUGUGACAUCAUCGGUCCUGGCAUCACCACACAUUUAACGGAAAAUGAAUUUCUACGCGAUGUUCUCCAGCUUGGUGCAAAAGUUGUCAAUGCAAAUGUUUCUGCAACAAAUAGUAAACAGUCGAAAAUGGAACGUCACUUACUUAAUGCUGCCGCAUUCAAAGCACGCACAUUGUCAUUGAAGAAGAAUAGAGAUAAACGUUCAGAUUUCUAACUAAAUUUUGAAUGUAGUAAAAUAUAAAUUUGUUUAUUCUUAAGGAGAUGAUGCGUUUAUUUGUAUGUGCGUGUGCAAUAAACAUCAAUUGACAUAAUAAAAUGAGUGAUAGUACUGUUGUUCAAAUAAAUCAAAA